CAGCAUUGACAUGAGUGACACGAACCCGCCGUUGCUGCCGACACAGACCGACUCCGUUGUGCCGCCGGCAUUCGUCCAGUCGAAUGGAAGUGGGAGGUCCUCCAGCAUGCGUUGCAUUCUGGUCACUGUAUUGUUCUUGGCGGUGGUCCAGCUCACCAUCCUUGCGUACGUGUACGACAUGGACACGGCCCAAGUCCAUCAAGUUGCGCUUUCGUGGCACGAGCACAUGUUUGGCGGCACGAGCUCGCAUGGAGCCGGCCAGCACGACGACGAUCUCAUGAUCGGUCCCUCUUCUCAGUUCACGAUUGCUGCACCAGGGGACACCGCGUCGUUUGUCCGCGCGACCGUGCUGUACCUGCCAUCGUACACGCCAAAGUUUGAGGACGAGUUCCGUUGGUUCCGGCGGUCGUGGAUUGAAAUGCAAAAGUAUGAGCCGGUGUCCUGGCGCACGGACAUUGUUGUGUACAGCGACGGCCCGCUGCCGGUUCUAGAACAACUCAACUGCAGCAUGACGAGCCGGCGCACGACCCGCAACGAACCGAACCGGUGCAUCCUGUACACAAACUACACGAGCGUAUUCUCGACGGCGUUUCCAUACAAAUUUGCUGACUCGGUCAAUGUUGUUGGGCUCAAUGGAACCGACCUGGAUGCGUACGACUGGAUCCUGCGCACCGAUAUCGACACAUUCCUCACCCCUGCGUUUGCCACAUGGAAGCCGCCAACCAUGGUCGUGGGCAGGGGGAUGUAUUCGUUUCCAGACUACUCAACGGGCGAGCGCCUCGAGUCGAUCAUUUCAAAACUCAACAUGACGGCGACAACGAUUGACAAUGUCGGGUCGACGUGGUACGGACCAACAGCCCUCCUCCGGACGUGCGCGAAUCUGUCCGUAGCCAUCAUGCAAUAUUUGUAUGCGAAUGAGUUUACGGCGGAAGAAAAGAGCCCCGAGUACGGCAUUCAGGGAUGGCCCAAUUGGCACAUUGGCGUCGUGUCCAUGUACGGUGGCCACAUUGCGAUCAACCACUGCACGCGCAACGUCGCCGUCACCAAGGACGACUCCAUGCUCGACUUUCCCACGUCAUCGUCCGAGUCCCCAGCCCUGCACGCCCAUCUGCACACGUGGCAAAACAACCUUCGCUUUAGCAAGUUUUCGUUUCACGUCGGCGAGUACAAAAACGAAGACAUCACCAAGCUGCGCCCAUACGAAACGAUCCUGGACUAUGCCAUGUAUAUGGCGCUCGAUUCCCGGCCUAAGACUGCACGUCCUCUGCGCAUUUGACCGUCCCACGGAGCGCAGUAUACCAUUUUAGAGUUUUUCACCAUUCAUGUCUGGUUGUUACUAGAGCCUGUCAGACAACUUGCAUUCCCACCAUCCUCGGA